AUGCAUCAUACGAUGGAUCAAUUGGAUAUGUUGGACCCUACGGGGCCAAUGACAACGUUAGCGCCCAUGUCAGACACAUCAUUAACGCCGACUCAUCAGCAUUUACAUGGGUCGUAUCAUAGUAUGAACCAUAUGAUGAGUCAUCACCACCCUGGCAGUUUAAGUGGCCACUCUACAAAUCAUGGGCAUUCUGCAGUACAUCAUCCUGUUAUAUCUGCAGCGGUGGCUGCGGCUGGACUUCAUCCCGACACUGACACGGAUCCUAGAGAAUUGGAAGCAUUCGCAGAAAGAUUUAAACAACGACGAAUAAAGUUAGGCGUUACGCAGGCUGAUGUAGGUAAAGCUUUAGCAAAUCUAAAAUUACCAGGAGUUGGGGCGCUUUCUCAAAGUACAAUUUGCCGAUUUGAAAGUCUUACAUUGUCACACAACAAUAUGAUUGCAUUGAAACCAAUCCUACAGGCAUGGCUGGAAGAAGCGGAGGCGCAAGCAAAAAACAAACGAAGAGAUCCAGACGCCCCCAGUGUACUUCCAGCUGGUGAAAAGAAAAGAAAAAGGACUUCCAUUGCGGCGCCUGAAAAACGUUCCCUGGAAGCGUACUUUGCCGUUCAACCGAGGCCUUCUGGUGAGAAAAUUGCUGCUAUCGCUGAGAAAUUGGACUUGAAGAAAAACGUGGUGCGUGUCUGGUUCUGCAAUCAAAGGCAAAAACAAAAACGUAUAGUUAGUAGUGUUACUCCAUCAAUGACUGGGCAUGGAUCAGCGGGGUUUGGAUACUGAUAGUCGUUUUUUUCUGGAGACUUUUACCUGUAGAUCUGCCACAACACAUAGCCAUGAUACAUAUUCCUGGAGAAGAAACAUUGCAAUCAACUAGCGCAGUUUUGACCAAUAAUGCAAAAUUUAACAGGGUUAAUAAAAUUCUUUUAUUGAAGAAUCUGUAUUUUCGAGAUGUAUCCCGUAAGGACGGUACUUUACUAAACCGAAGAUCCUGUGGAUAAUUGACGUGGUUCUUAUGCUUCCUUUAAAGUAAUUAAUUAAUAGAAAUACAUAAUAUGCAACGAAUUUAGUUGUUGCCAAACAAUUAGGUGUACAAAGAUAAGUAGUUUUGUAUUUACGUAGCAUGAAAUUGAAUAAACAAAUUGUAAAGUGUCGAACGUUAUUGUAAAUAUAUAUAUGUAGAUACACACGUGCAUAUACAUACAUCUAAGGCCAUAAUUAACUAUAAAUAGGAAAUGGUGUAAGAAUUCUACAUAUAUACUUUAAUUAUAAAUAUGUAUAUGAAAAUUUAUUUUGAAUACACAUUGAAAUUUUUAAUUUCGAAUA